UAGAUCUGAGGAUAGAAUGGAACAACUCAUUCUACAAUGUUAACAUUCUAGGAACUUUUUAUAUAGAAUGUUGUAAACAAAGCAGAAUUUUCAAUUGGAUGUCAUUAGGUUUUGCACUAGCUGUGUGUGUGUGUGUGUGUGUGUGUGUGUUGGCAGUGAGUGGGGGUGACGUCGUCAGGCGUGGUAAUAACAAUGAGCAGACAAUUAAAUCCAGACUACAUGGGUGUAAAAACACGUUAGAAUGUCACUAAAAGAGGAGAAACGACUUAAAAAAAGAGUGCGAGUGGAGUUGACGGGAGUGAUGUUUGAGUCUUGUAUGGACAUGGGAAUGUGGGAAAAAGACAUGAAAGUCCACUGGUGGAGUUUCCUGAGAGCGGAGAAGUGAAGCAGUGUGGAUAGGAAAUGACUCAUAGGACUGGAGCCGUGUGUGUGUGUGUGUGUGUGUGUAUAGUGAGCGUGGGUGUGUGCUAGCUGUGUUAAAAACACGCAGCACAGUGGUCCCGGUGACUCACUCCUCUGAUGCUCACUUUUCCAUGCUGUUGUCCGUCCUCAACUUGUACUACUUAUUUUUUAUUAAUUUUUUUUUUAGGGAUUCAUUGUGCAGCGAAGACACGUGAUGGACUCUCACGCGCUUUGCGCAGUUUGUGGACUUUUCGUGGCGUUUGUCUUCCACGGCGUUUACGCACAAAAAAGUCAGUGUGGCAGCUCAGAAUUCUGGAACUCCGACCUGGAUGUUUGCAUGCAGUGUGCAUCGUGUAAGCAGUACCCAAAGACGCCGUCAUGCAACACAUGUAAAUCAGUGGAGGAGACGUCGGACGUGUGGAAGCUGGCGGCCAUCACCAGCUUCUCUGUGUUGGCGGUGGUUCUGGUGGCCGCCGCCCUCAUCAUCGGGGUCAUGGUGCAUCGACGCAAGUCGCGCAAACUUCCUCUACGUGAGCCAAUAGAAGAAACAGCAGGGCCUCUCUAUCAAGCUUAACCAUUUCACCUCUGAAAACACAUGUGACACAACCAAGAAGCGACUGAGGCUUCACACCCGGACGGGGACACCCUCUGGACCGUGAACUGUGUACUCUGACUGACCUUUUUAAAAAUGUAUUUAUGUGCUGGGUGAAGACACGUGAGAGAUGUCGUGACCACAGGACAACCAAUGGCACAAUUCUAGCAACUUUAAUGGUUCCACGGUGACGGACUGACUAUUUGGACCCACGAGGUGGUUUGGUGGGCUGCUAGGUGGCGCUGGGUCGGUUCCGCACAGACGAAUGUAGCUAACAGGUGAGGACUGGACACUGUCAGGCACAAUAAUAGGCGGGCUGUUUGAAUGUAGCUACUGUUGAGGUCAAGUCUACCCUCCAAGUCACGGCGGGUGCACCGUUACUGCGUAUUCCUGCCACCGCCAACAACACACAGCCUCCGUUCAUCUUCAUCUUGGUUAACACUCAUGACAAAUCACACUGACGUGUUUGGAAGGUGGAGCCAAGCGAACGCAACACUUUUACUCCCGAGUCCAUCACUUCACGUGGAAAUACUAGUUUUCUUUUCACUGAGACUGCUAAGGGACGCACAGACGGGAAAAAAAACUCAUCAGAAGUCAGAAAUAUAUUAUAAAUAAUAUGUUACAAAAACAAUCAAGAAUAAAAUAUAAUAUUUUUUUUUACUAAUUUUGCAGAACAAGGUUUGCUCAUAUAUAGAAUAGAAUAGUUUUUUAUUUUAUUUGUCAACACAAUGUGGUCGUUUUACUGUUAGUCUUACAAGAGUUCCAUUGUUGAAGAGGUAGAGUUGAAAUAAGAGACCCCAAAAAUGGCUUAUGAAUGUUUUACAUUACAUUACAAUAAAAAUAAACAUAAAAAACAAGAAAGAAUAAAAACCAUUACUACUACGACUACUACUACUACUAAAAAUGACUUUUCUUAUUUCUGUACAUUCCUACUCCUCAAAGGUGGAGGUAUAAUUUUUUAAAAGCCCCAAUUAUAAGGAGAAUAAAGUUGCAGCAUUGCAAAUAUGAAGUUUAGAUUAAAUUAUAUAUAUUUUUUAUAAUAUUGCAAUGAAAUGUAUGAAAUGAAAUUGUACUUUUACAAGAAAAGGGUUGCCAUUGUAGCAGUAGGAGGAGUCAUUUUACAAAAAAAAUGUAAAAAAUUAAAAUUCAAAAAUGUGAAUUACUGUUACAGGAACAACAACCCAGAAAUGAAGUCAUUAUGAUGGCAAAAGUAAAGUAUUAUGAUGGCAAAAGUAAAGUAUUGCUUUUGACACUAAUGACUUACUUCAUUAUUGCAAUGAGUUCCUCCAAUCGCCAAAGGGGGCGCCAACAUUCUCUUACGUCUCCAACAAUUUUAUUCUCAAACAUUUUGUUGACUUUUUCCUCGUCAAGGUGGUCGUCUUCAAAUCACUUCUAUUGAUUGACAGUCUGUCAUAAAGAUAA